AUGGCCGAAUCACAAAGUAGUCCUUCUAAUAAUCGCAAACGUAAAUAUCGAUCGGACGGGGUAUCACCCACCUGGGCAAAGCGAACGAUCGAAGGCCCAGGAAUCUGGGCGACAUGCGUGAAGGGAAAAGAAAAAGGAACGGUCGGCGAGCUUUACGAUCUGCUUGAAUCACUAGCUGCCGACAUGUGGCCUGUAGAAGGGCAUGAUUCCGCUGUUGAUGAUCGGAAUAAUGACUCGGACGGUGAAGAUGAAGACGAUCUUGAAACACAGAUUGCAAAAGAGGUCGCUGCGCUAAAACGACCGAAAGUGGAGAAGCGGUUUAGAUCAGCUAACUGCCUUACGAAUACGCAAUGCGUUGUUUUCAUGUCAUGUAAACCCCCUGUGGACCCAGUAAAACUGGUGAUGAAACACGUAGAGAACGUCCAAAGAACGGGUGUCACCAGAACAAAAUACACGCAUCGGUUGAUACCAGUCUCCGGCUCAUGCGUCGCAAACCUCCCAGAACUGCACUCCUUGUGCCGUCGAACCAUCGCUGCUUUCUGCGCGCAAGAGAAUAGCGAAGGGCAAUACAAGGUCGAGUUACGCGUGCGCAACCACAAUACGUUGACACGAAUGGAGAUCAUCCAGGAAGUAGCUAAAUGCAUGCCGUCAAAUUAUAUCGUCGAUCUUGAUAAUCCUGAAGUGUUCGUUUUGGUAGAGGUCUUCAAGAGUGUUUUUGGCGUGAGUGUAGUGGAAGAUUAUUAUCGGUUUCAAAAAUUCAACGUCAUGGAACUUGCGAAUGCGCAUAAUGAACCGGAAAGAUUUGAAAAGGGGGCAGGGCGGGUACAAGAUAAGAAGCAAGAAGACGUCGGUGAGACUGUAGGCUAA